CCUUGUUUAUUCCCUCUAAAUCCCUCCCUCCCCACAGUUAAAAACUUUCUGUCCACUUAAUACUACGCUUUCUUCUUAGUCCAAAAUUUCAAUUUCCCUGUCUUGCCUUAGCAAGAAUGGAGAAACCUCACAUCCUUCUUGUUACAUUUCCCUCCCAAGGCCACAUAAACCCUUCGCUGCAAUUCGCCAAGCGCCUCAUACGCAUCGGCGUUAAGGUUACCUUCGUGACAGCCAUCUCUGCUUUUCGCCGCAUGAACACAACCACCCCUCCGGAUGGUUUAUCAUUUGCUGCCAUCUCCGACGGUUAUGAUGAAGGCUUCAAAUCCACCGGUGAUAUGAACCAUUUCAUGUCCGAGGUUAGGCGUUGCGGUUCUCAAACGCUUAGAGAGUUGAUCGCCGCCAGCAUUAGCCAAGGCACGCGCUUUACCCGUGUUGUUUACACUAUUUUUAUUCCUUGGGUGGCCGUGGUGGCACGUGAAUUCGAUAUCCCCCAAACAUUUCUUUGGAAUCAACCUGCUGCCAUCUUCAACAUCUAUUACACUUACUUCAAUGGUUAUGGAGAUGUCAUUAGGAACAGUUUCAGUGACCCCUCAAUUGUGGUGGAAUUACCCGGAUUGCCGCCUCUAGCUAGCCAUGAUCUCCCUUCAUUUUUCAACCCUUCAAAUGAGAACGUCUUUGCACUUCCAGCAAUGAAAGAGCAACUAGAGAUUAUUGAUGAAGAAGGAAAAAACCCAAAAAUACUAGUUAACACCUCUGAUUUUUUGGAGCAUGAAGCUUUAAAAGCCAUGGAAAAGUACAAUAUGGUUGGAGUUGGACCGUUGAUGCCAUCUGCCUUCUUAGGUGGAAAAGAUCCAUCUGAUACUUCCUUUGGAGGAGAUCUUUACAAGGGCACUAAAGGAUACAUGGAGUGGCUGAACUCACAGCCGGAAAGGACUGGAUUCCCGUUCUUGUGGGUGAUAAGAGAGAGUGGAGAAGGAGAGAAGGAAGAGGAGAAGUUGAGUUGCAAAGAAGAGCUGGAAAAGCAAGGGAUGAUAGUACCGUGGUGUUCACAAGUGGAGGUUCUCUCACACCCAUCAGUAGGAUGUUUCAUUACUCAUUGUGGAUGGAAUUCAACAUUUGAAAGUUUGGCUUCUGGAAUGCCAAUGGUGGCGUUCCCGCAGUGGACAGAUCAAGGGACGAAUGCGAAGCUCGUGCAGGACUUGUGGAAGACAGGGGUGAGAGUGAAGAAGAACGAAGAAGGGAUGGUUGAAGGAGAUGAGAUAAAGAGGUGCUUGGAAUUGGUGAUGGGAGGAGAGGAAAUGAGACAGAGUGCAAGGAAAUGGAAGGAGUUAAUAAGAGCAGCUGCCAAUGAAGGAGGGUCUUCGGACAACAACCUCAGGACUUUCGUGGAUGAACUUGGAAAAUGAUUUUGAGCUGCAGUAAUCCUUUGGUUUGAUAGGAAUUAAUUUUGGGGAAAUUUUAGUUUAGUCCUGUUUUCUUUUCUCUGCUUAUUUAAUAAGGAAUAUACACAGAAUGAUCAAUUUCAAUCAAUGGUAUAGUUCCUG